GAGUGAUUGGUGCUAAAAAGGGGCACCCUGUUGAUUCGCACUUGGCUUUGUCAUCAUUUCGGUCUUCGCAGCGAAUUCUGCGUCUCCGUUGCGUCCGGUCACCCUUACGGAUGAUCUUCAGGUCCAGGUGCCCGACGCUCCCGAUCCCGGACGACGCAUCGAUUUGGAACGUCGUGGAGCAACAUGCGAACACCAAAGGCGACAAACCGGCGUUCAUCUGCGGGCUCACGGAGAAGACACUAACUUUCGCGGAGCUUCACCGCCAAGCUAAGCAACUGUGUGCAGGUUUAGCAGCCAACGGUCUCAAAAAGGGUGACGUACGUGGUAAUGCUGCCCCGUAUUAGCUGCAAAAUUCCAACGUUGUGCUGCUACAGGUUGUGAUCUUGCACUCAUUCAACUGUCUCGAGUACAUUGUGGUAUUCCUGGCGCUUAAUCGUCUCGGAGCGAUCUGUUCACCGUCAUCCCCGCUCUUUAACGCCCAGGAGCUGGCUACCCAGAUUAUGACCGCUGAAGCGGUUGCCAUUAUUUCGCACAAGAAGUUCACCAGCGUUGCGGUGGAGGCCGCUGGACUGUGUAGUAUCCUGCUUUCACGGGUGUACACGCUUGGUCAAGCUGAUUGUUCUUCAGAACUACAGUCAAUUGAGUACGUUAUGAUAGUACAUGUUGAUACAGUGAAAGCUUAUCCUAUUUGUUUAUAGGAAUUUAAUCGCAAUGAACCUGCCGUUCCCGGACAUCCCGCCUAUCGACUCGAAGCAAGUCGUGACGUUGCCGUUUUCCAGCGGUACAACAGGCCGUCCGAAGGGCGUGGAGCUCACGGCACGUGCAAUGUACGCGUCUGGAAUGAUCCCAGGCUACAGGGAGAGCAAGACAGAACCCGUUCUAGGUAUGUUGCCUUUCUUCCACAUCAUGAUGACCAUGAAUUUCCACGUCACGCUGUACCACGGAAAGGUAAUGAUCGUAUUACCUGGAUUCACACCCGAAACGUUCCUGCGAAUGGUGGAGAAAUACAAGCUAGACAUGAUCAACCUCGCCCCGCCACUUGUCACGUUCCUGGCUAAAAGCCCCAUUGUAGCCAAGUACGAUCUCUCCCACGUUAAGUAUGUGAAGUCUGGAGGAGCGCCACUAGGCAAAGAAGUCGAACGCGCUGUCAUGGAGCGUCUUGGUAUCCAAGUGUUGCAAGGCUAUGGGAUGACAGAGUUCGUAGGCUGUGGCUGUCGAUCAUACCCGGCUAUCGUUCGAGCUGGGUCUUCAGGCACGUUGCACCCCAAUACGGAGCUGAAGGUGAAAGAUCUCGAGACUGGAGAAGAUUUACCAGCGAAUAGAACAGGAGAGCUAUUGUUCCGUACUCCAACGAUGAUGAAGGGAUACUACAACAACUCGGAGGCAACUCGUGCAGCUUUCACAGAAGAUGGAUUCCUUCGGACUGGUGACCUUGGCUACAUCGAUGACGAUGGCUACAUUUUCAUUGUGGAUCGACUAAAGGAGCUCAUCAAGUAUAAGGGACACCAGGUAGCCCCGGCAGAAGUCGAGGACGUGGUGAACUCUCAUCCAUCAGUCGUUGAUUCGUGCUGUGUACGUGGUCGAAGUUUGGAUACUGGGGAAGAGAUCCCCAAGGCGUUCGUAGUGCUCAAGAAGGGAGAAGAGUUGACAAGUGACGCAUUGAUCACCUUUGUUGCUGCCAAGGUGGCGGACUACAAACGAGUACGUGAGAUAGAGUUCGCCCACACUAUUCCGAAGAGUUUGUCAGGUAAAAUCCUUCGACGGAAGCUGCAAUUAGUAGAAGACAAGAAGAUGCAGCAAGUAAGGGGGUGUCGGUUGUAAACAACCAGGAAUCAAAUUUAACUGGAAUAUUGUCGGUAAGCGUUUGUUUGUUCUUGAUGAAGAUUCAACGACCGCCACCGCCCACACCAGACAAGAUCAUAAGACCAAGACACCAAUGGUGGACUCUCACUUCAACGUGAAAAAAAAAAAAUACUUAAUCUUCGUGGUUCUCUUCAUCACAAACUGCGUAACGUAUGCAGGUACUGUAGUGAAUCACCAACCACCACUAGUAAUAUUACUGUGGACACCUUUGCUCC